UCAAGGAAACGCCGAACGCGUCUUUGCCACGUAAUAUAUGUAUGUUGGAAACUUGUAGCAGCAAUUUAUGCAUAAAAACAUCAGAUAUAUUUCAUGUUUUUGUUUCUAAGUAUUCAGUAUGCUAACUAACGCCGCGUCGAGAAGUAGAUAUUGACCAACGUUUGAAUUUCGUGUAUUUUCUUCAGUUUGUUUAGUUCGUGCGCUAAAUUAAAAAAUAAUGGUCAAGUAUAAACUUGAAGAUGAUAGCGACGAAGAUUCUGGAUUUCUAGAAGAGAGUGUCAAUGAUGAUGAGACCAAAUUCGAGACAUCAUCCGGCAAUGGAGAAUCGACGAAGGAAAAUUCAAAUAAGAUCAAGCUCGGUAGAGGAAAACAAUCAUUAACAUUCGAAUUCGAGGACGAAUUGGGGAGAAAUUUUGAGGCGACAAUAGACAUAUCUGAUAUUUGCAUAAAGUUUAAAGGAUUCAUUGGACAGAUUAUUAGAGAAAAUUCUGAUGGAAAAAAAGCCAACGCAGAUGUCUCAUCCAAAGAUUCUAAAUCCUUCAAAGAAAAAGUGGUACCAAUGACAUCUGAACGAUUUCCAGAUGGCUUGAAUGACCUGGAAAACGCUUCAAAGUUACCCAUUACAAAAGCUACGGAUGGUAAGUCUAGCACAGAAGUGGCACAGUCAACAUCCAGUGAUUGUCAUUGUCAAAUGGAUUUUGAUCACAUUGAAAAGCUUUUGAAUGAAUGUAAAAAUGAUCUAGAUGACAUUGAAAACCUUAGGACAGAAGAAAAUAGCCCAGAAGAAGUGAAAUCUGCAAAUGAACUGUUGACUGUAAAUUUACAGCAGAUUUCCUCCAAAAAGUGUGAAAAUGAAAAACUUACAAGAGAAAAUUACGAAGCUGAGUAUGUAAACUUUUCUUCAACUGUCAAUGGUGAAGUAGCCUCUAACAAAACACAUGAACACUCCAACGCCCUUGCAGUGCCUAUAAAUGAGGAACCAGCCACGAUGUCAGAAGAACAGCUGGUCCCUAACUGUAAGGGUCAAACUCAAAAUAAAGGAGGAGAGCAAAACUCAGAGCAUGAUGACAAAGUAGUGAUUGAAGAAAUAGAAAUUACUUCGAUUGUUCCCAAUGAAACUCACAAUCACAUGAACAUAAUUACAAUUCCAGAACCUAUCAAUGAAAUUUCUGCUCCAGUUGCAGAAUUGAUGCAGAUACCUUCUGAAAAGUGCAAAAAUAACGAUGACAUUACUGAAAAGUCUGCUGAAGAAAAUGAUGAACUUGAAUACCUGAACGCAGUUCGAAUACUAUUUGGUGAUGAAUCUUCUUCUGACUCUCACACAUCUUAUGAAGACUCUAAUUCUAUGGAAAAGGAAUUAGUCACAUCACCAACGCAUAUCACUGAUGAUGGUCAAGGUAAAGAUGAAAUAGAAGCUGAUCUUGCACCUAUCUCACAGUAUGAUGGUAAAACACCUGCUAACAAGAUUUCUUCAACGACUAUAUCUUAUGAAACUCACGAUAACAUCGCAAUUUCAAAACCAUCAGACGAAAUAUUAACCACUAGAAAUUGUGAAAAUGACCUUGACAAUGCCAAAAAGAAAAAGAAUUGUCAAAAUGACUUUGGUGUCAAUGAAACAUCUUCAAAACAGAAUGCUGAUGUGCAAGAUCUGAAUUCUCCUACAAUAUUUAACGAUGACCUUUUCAAUUCAUCACACGAAGACUUCAAUUCUGCUGAAAACCUGGCAAAUGAAAAAUUAGUCUCAAAGCAUGAACUAAACCCCAAUCAUGAAGCUCAAAGUGAAGACUCUGAAUCAUCAAUCUCAGAACUUGAGGACAAAAGCUUAUCAGAAAAAGAGAUCCCAACUGUUUCUGAUGCUCAAGCUCAAAAAAAUGAUUGCAUUACAACGGAAAACUCUGCAGAUGGAAUACCUGCUAAAUUGACUCAGACUGCUUCUGAAAAAUUUGGAAACAAUCUUGAUGUCAAUGAAAAGCUUACUAUGAAAAAUUCAACUUUAGACCAUGAGGACAAAGUGAACACAAAAUGUACUCGGAGCAUUUUCAAUUUACCUCAAAAUGACACCACUUCGAAGCUGAAAAAAAACGAAGCACCUUGCCAACUAUUACAUCAGUCUGAUGAGCCAUCAAACACACCACAGUCACAAGCCUCUGCCAGCAAUUCUAUUUUGAACCCUGCUGACGAUAAAUCGCAGAUCCCAGAGUUUGUCAAGUGUUCUUCUGAAAACAAAGAUCCAGAAUCUAAUACGAGUAUAAAAUGCACGCAAGAAAAACUUCUGACAAGGUCUUAUUUGGAUCAUUUGAGACAAGAAAAACAGUCUACCUCGACAAAAAUUUCUCAAGAACAAAAACCAAUCUCACCCGAGAUAAAUGCUGGACAAAAAAGCGCCUCCGACAAUGCUUCCAAACUUGAUCAUUUUAAUAAUAAGUUUCAGUCGUCUUUCAAAGUAAUAAAUGAAAGCGAGAAACAAGAAAUUGGCAAAGUGACGCCGAAGUCUAUCAAACAAAAACCUAUUGCGUUAGUGGAAGGGUGUCAAAGAAGAGUUGCUGCGACAAAUGAAAGACCCUCAGAAUCAUUGGAGUCUCGACUGACCACAGACUCAAAUAGCGAGAGAACACCUAAUGUUUCGUCCACAUCAUCUGCUAGUGCAAACCUAGAGAUCAAUAGACCUGCUCCUAGAAAUAUCUCAUCAGCUUCUGUAAAUCAAAGUCUUCCUCAAUCACCGCAGUCAUCGACUGUUAUCACAAGAAGUGUUCCAACUGUUUCAGAUUUAUACAGAUCUGAUUACUACACCCCUACGUUCACGCCAACAUACAGAGAACCAACAUUGUUUUCACGUGUCAGCACAUCUUAUAGAGGAAGCAACGACUUAUGCACAUCAUCAUAUUAUACUAAUGUAAGUUCAGCGUACUCAUCUUGUACCUAUAGCUGCGAGUACGACGAUCCCCGCAGAACGAAAAAAUUCAACGAAUUUGUCGCUAACCCUGGAUCUAAGAAAUCAAUUACAGAUUUACCUGGUGUAGGGCGAGUUGGUGGACAACGGUUGAGAGACCGCGGAUUUGAUACACCUGAAAAAGUCCGCCGGCAAUUUGUAAAGUUGGGAGGAGAUAAAAAAACCUUUCAAAAAUGGAUGAAGAAUACAACAGGUUUAAAUAGUAGGUAUUCUUCGGAUUGUUUUGAUGCACUGGAUCGAACUUAUUGAUAAUACCUACAUAUCUGAAUUAGUUUGGAGGUAUACCUAUACUUACCUACCUAUUUAUUGUUAAUUUUUUGUAAUGGUAUUACCUACUUACUCAUAUCUUUUUUUUUGUACUGUUUUACUAUCAAUCAUUGAAAUAUAACGAUUUUUACUCA